CACACAGCACACACUUCAAUAUCUGCCUCUCUCUCUUCCGUAGUCCCACAACUGCUACUUUUAAUACCAUUCCACCAAACAACGCACACCCCUACUGCCUACGCUAAAACAAAAAAGUCUACGUUUUAUUUCCCCCAUCCAAGUACAGCUCUUCUUCACAAGAGCGAGCGAGAGAGAGAGAGAGAGAGAGAGAGAGGAAGCACCAAAGAUACACAAAACGCAUUCUAGAGUUUUGUACAGUGAGAAAGUAGUGACAGGAGGGUCUUCGGGACAGGACAGGCGCCAUGGGCUUUCAGAUCUAUGGCGUUUUCCGGCGAUUACUUCUCUUGAUGAUCGUUGUCUGUUCUACAUCCGGUGCUACAUUGCGUGAAAAUUCUUCAUCCUCCUCCAAGAAGCACUCGUCAAGCUCAACCUCAGCAACCUCCCCCCAGAUUAACUCUAACUCCGUUCUGGUGGCCCUUCUGGACUCCCAUUACACCGAGCUCUCUGAGCUCGUGGAGAAGGCCCUUCUGUUGCAGACUCUAGAAGAGGCUGUUUCCAAGCACAACAUCACCAUUUUCGCCCCCAAGAAUGAGGCCUUGGAGAGGGAUUUGGACCCCGAGUUCAAGCGGUUUCUGCUGGAGCCAGGCAAUCUCAAGUCCUUGCAGAAUCUCUUGCUCUUUCACAUGAUACCCUCUCGCAUUGACUCUGCCCAUUGGCCUCACCACCGCAGCUCCAACAAAUCCUCCCACCACACCAGCCUCUGCAAGGAUGCUUUCGACGAGAGCCUCAGGAUUUCUCACCGCAACGGCGACGACCACAUCAGCGUCGCCAGAAUCUUCAAGCCCAACGACAUCGUUCGGCCUGACGGCAUUAUUCACGGGAUAGAGCGCGUGUUGAUACCUAAAUCAGUCCAACAAGAUUUCAACUCCCGGCGCAGCCUCAGGGCCAUUUCGGCUGUUUUGCCCGAAGGAGCACCGGAAGUAGACCCAAGGACUCACCGACUGAAGAAGCCCGCCAGUCCUGCCCCAGCAGGGUCUCCUCCAGCUCUCCCCAUAUAUGAUGCCAUGGCUCCGGGGCCAUCCCUGGCACCAGCCCCAGCUCCCGGGCCAGGCGGACCUCACCAUCAUUUCGACGGCGAGGCCCAGAUCAAAGAUUUUAUUCAGACGCUAUUACAUUACGGCGGGUACAACGAGUUGGCCGAUAUUCUGGUGAACCUCACAUCGUUGGCCUCAGAAAUGGGGAGAUUAGUGUCGGAGGGGUACGUGUUGACGGUUCUGGCGCCGAACGAUGAGGCAAUGGCCAAGUUAACAACAGAUCAACUGAGCGAGCCAGGUGCGCCGGAGCAAAUCGUGUAUUAUCAUUUGAUUCCCGAGUACCAGACGGAGGAAAGCAUGUACAAUGCGGUGAGGAGAUUUGGGAAAGUGAGGUACGAUACUUUGAGACUGCCGCAUAAGGUGGUGGCUGAGGAGGCUGAUGGGUCGGUGAAGUUUGGGCAAGGGGACGGUUCUGCUUAUUUGUUCGAUCCUGAUAUAUACACCGACGGCAGAAUCUCCGUUCAGGGAAUCGAUGGAGUAUUAAUGCCGCCGGAGGAAACUAAGCUUGCGCCCAAGUCUUCCCCUCCUGUGGCCAAGGCUGCUGUGAAGCCAAGGAGAGGGAAAUUGAUGGAAGUGGCUUGUAGAAUGCUGGGGGCUUUUGGGCAGGAUUCUCAAUUCACUAGCUGUCAUUAAAUGUUUUUUUUGCAACCCCAGGAAAUUGUCAAAGGUUUAAAAAAAAAAAAAAAAAAAAUUGAAACGCAAUGAUGAUGCAGCAAGCAAGCAAGGACUAGGAGGAGGCUGGGUCUGGUCUGUAAAUGGCUUCUCUUUUACUUGCUAAAUCCAAGUGCCAACAAUUCUGGAUGGAAAAAAGGAUAAUAGAAAGAAAGAGUUUCCUGAAUUAUGGCAGUUUUUUUUUUUUUUUAUAGGAACUUGAAAAUUGUGCAUGACAAAAUAAAGUGGGGAGGAUGUUCGAUUGAAGUAAAAUUCACCUUGGAAACCCACAGAAAGAGGAGAGAGUUUCUUUGUUUUUCCAUUUUGUUAUGAAUACUGUAAUUACAUAUCGAUUUUUUUAUUGUAUUUAAGUCCCUUGGGUUUUUUUGGC